UGCCUGCGAGCCUAAACUCGCGAUAAAGACACCCGAAAGUCAGAGAGAGUUUGAUACAUUUUUCUGCGUGGCCAUGCGGGUAUAUCCGCUCCUUUAGGUGAAUUAAAGUGCCUUAGCUCCGCCCGCUCGCGCUGUCUUGGGAAGCGUAAGUAACAAACCCUCGGGCGAGUGUCGACGAACCGAGCUCAUCCACUGGAUGUUCUCUCCAUGCUGAAAACGUGCGAGCGUUUCUGUGCGAGGAAACCGUGGACGACCGCAGUGAACGUGGUGUUGCUGCAGAUUUCCACCCGGUUACACUGGACAAUGGAGGUGAAAAUUGAAGAGCAGGAUCACGACAACGCCUUCAGCAACACCGACACCAAUGGUAAGCGCCCAGCUGAGGACAUGGACGAGGAGCAGGCCUUCAAACGUUCUCGCAACACGGACGAGAUGGUGGAGCUGCGUGUGCUGCUUCAGAGCAAAAAUGCCGGUGCUGUUAUUGGAAAGGGUGGCAAGAACAUAAAAGCCCUACGCACAGACUACAAUGCCAGUGUAUCAGUCCCAGACAGCAGUGGCCCAGAGCGGAUCCUGAGUGUGAAUGCCAGCAUCGACACUAUUGGAGAGAUUCUGCUGAAAAUCAUACCUACUCUAGAGGAGUACCAGCAUUACAGUGGGAUUGAUUUUGACAGUGAGCUUCGCCUGCUUAUCCAUCAGAGCUUGGCAGGGGGCAUCAUCGGGGUAAAAGGUGCCAAGAUAAAGGAGCUGAGAGAGAACACCCAGACCACCAUCAAGUUGUUCCAGGAAUGCUGUCCACACUCCACUGACAGAGUCGUCUUGGUGGGAGGAAAGCCAGAACGUGUCAUUGAAUGUAUAAAAGUGAUCCUGGAGCUGGUGUCAGAGGCACCAAUCAAAGGUCGUGCCCAGCCUUAUGACCCUAAUUUCUACGACGAGACGUACGACUAUGGCGGUUUCACCAUGUUAUUUGAGGAGAGAGGCAGGCGACCCAUCGGUGGCUUCCCCAUUCGUGUGCGUGGGGGCUUUGAGCGCAUGCCCCCCGUUCGUGGCAACAGACCCCUGCCUCCAUCCAGAAGAGACUACGACGACAUGAGCCCCCGCCGGGGUCCACCGCCACCGCUGAGCAGAGGUGGACGAGGGGGCAGCCGAGCACGAAACCUGCCUCUUCCCCCGCCACCGCCGCCAAGAGGAGGGGGAGACAGGUUCUCACACAGCAGCUAUCAUGGCAGCAUGGACGACAGACCAAGUGACAGAAGAGGCAGAGGAGACCGCUAUGAUAGCAUGAGUGGAGGCGGAUAUGACAACAAUUCUUCCUGGGAGCACUUUCAGUCUGGUGGUAGAGGCUCAUACAGUGAUAUUGGAGGCCCAGUCAUCACAACACAAGUCACCAUCCCGAAAGAUCUGGCUGGCUCCAUCAUCGGUAAGGGCGGCCAGAGGAUCAAGCAGAUCCGCCACGAGUCUGGGGCAUCCAUCAAGAUUGAUGAACCACUAGAGGGCUCUGAGGACCGCAUCAUCACCAUCACAGGAACACAGGACCAGAUCCAGAAUGCCCAGUACCUGCUGCAGAACAGUGUGCGGCAGUUCUCUGGCCGGUUCUUCUAAGAAGAAGCAAGUGAAGAAGAAGAUUGAAGCCAUGCUGCCAUACUGUUUGCUCCUCCUAUUCAGAGCCUACAUUCCUCUGCUUUGGGUAGAUGUGCCCCCUCCCCUCACUAUCACACACCACAUCUAUCUAUAAAUGGCAGUGCUUUUUUUUUUUUUUUUUUUUUUAAAUCUUAAGCUGUCAAACAGCAAACAAGGAGUCAACAACAUGUUUCUGUGCUGGUGUAAUUAUUUUUUAGGAGAUUCUUGUGCUGUCAUUGGAGUAAACCCAUCUGUGUGAUAACUUUUGCUGUUGUGAGCCGCUCCUGGCCCUUGCCUCCCUCAGUUCAGUACAGCAUGCAGAAUGUAAUCUUUUUGUAAGGAACUUUUAUUUGCUUUAUUUGUUGUUGUUGUUUUCCCCUCAGAUGUUUAAGCACACUCUUCAAAUGAAGAUGCAUGGUCUUGGAACGGUUAAAGAACCUUUUAAAUAAACUUUAAUUUGUACACAACAUCAAACAUCCUUUUCCACUUCAAAUGAAGUGCUUUUUACGAUCUUAUACUUUUACGAUCGGCUUUAAUGGAGUAGUUUGACAUUUCGGGAAAUGCGCUUAUUUGUGUGUGGCGGAGAGUCAGCGCUAGAUGAGACCAGUACCAGUAGUGGUUUCAUCUGACUAACAGUUAACUCUUCAAAUUGAAUAAGCAUAUAUUCCAAAAUGUCAAUCUUUUGCUUUAAGGUGGGAUAAACGUGCCAGUUGGAUAUGGCAAAAAGAAAAAAUGAUCUUUGUUUUUCAUUGAAAGACGAGGAGCUGUAUAAAGUGUGUGUGUAUAUAUUUACAUAGAAACAGUAAUUUCAUGAGUGGGUAAAAUGAUCUUCCUUGAAAGGAGAAGGUGCCACAUACAGGCUUGGUGAUCAUUUUUGCUCCCCUCUCUCCUUAUUUGAUUUCUUUUCUGCCACUCGCCUUGUUGGACAACAUCUGACCUGUUAACACUUAGAUCCUUUCAUUCUUGCAGUGUUUUUCCUUUUGACAGCAUUUUUAAAGGAGUCCAUGAGUGGUGUUUUCUGUCCGGUCACAUCUGCAUCUCUGUGUCUGGUAUUAGUACCUGCAGGUGUUGAGUAAAUAAAGUCUGUUCUCACAGUCCA